UGGAGGGGGUGGCGGAUGGGACGAUCAGGGAAGGACGGAGGCGAGACCACCAAGUACCGCGGCGUGCGGCGCCGCCCGUCGGGCAAGUUCGCGGCGGAGAUUCGCGACUCCAGAUGGCAGAGCGUGCGCGUCUGGCUCGGCACGUUCAACACGGCCGAGGAGGCCGCGCGGGCGUACGACCGUGCGGUCUACGCCAUGCGCGGGCACCUCGCCCUGCUCAACUUCCCCGGCGAGGGUCGUCGUCUUCCUGGCAGCAGCAGCAGGAGGAGGAGGAAGCGGCCGGCAGUGAUCGAGCUAGAGUACCUCGAUGAUCAGGUGUUGCAGGAGAUGCUCAAGGGCGCCGACGGAAAACAACUAGUGGCGUAA